AAGUUCAUUCCAUCUGAAUUUGGAGUGGAUCCAUGUAAAACUCGAAUAUCUGGCCUUGAUCACAACUUCUAUGCGAGGAAAGCAGAAAUUCGAUGUCUUGUAGAAGCAGAAGGCAUUCCAUACACCUACAUCUGUUGUAACUUCUUCAUGAGCUACUUACUUCCAUCAAUAGUUCAGCCAGGCCUAAAGUCCCCUCCAAGGGACAAAAUCAAGAUUUUUGGUGAUAAAAAUGCAAAAGGUGUUUUCAUGAAGGAAAGUGAUGUUGCUUCCUUCACCAUCAGUGCUGUGGAUGAUCCACGCACAUUGAAUAAGGUGCUUCACCUGAGGCCUCGAGGAAAUGUUUACUCCAUGAAUGAGCUGGUUGAGAUUUGGGAGUGUAAGAUUGGGAAGAAGCUUGAAAAGAUUUAUGUGCCAGAGGAGGAGCUUCUCAAGAAAAUUAAAGAGACUCCUUAUCCGGACAACAUGGACAUGGUUUUCAUAUAUUCCGCAUUUGUAAAAGGGGAUCAUACGUAUUUCGAUAUAGAGUCAUCCGGUGGGGUGGAUGGGACAAAGCUGUAUCCACACCUGAAAUACACUACAAUAAGUCUAUUCUGUGCCUACAAGGCCAUGGUUCACCAUGACAAAAUAAUCAAGGCAGCUGACAAACUAAAGGCCUCAACGGAUAGGCAAACUGAGAGGGUAAAGCAGCUUGAACUUCGGUUAGGGACUUUGAAGGGCAAGGUGGUAGAGGCUGAGACGAAGCUUCAGACGAUGGAUUCGCUGCUGAAGUCUUCAUCAUAGGAGAUUACUGUCUUAAAUGAGGAAAAUGAGCAACUCUCUGCUACCCUUACUGCUUCUAAGGAAAGCCUUGCCGACGAGGUCAAAGCUGCCAAGGAGGAAGGAUGUAAUGAAGCCACUGUCAUUUAUAAAGUGCAGUUUGCCAAAUUGGGGAAUAUGCUAUUUGAAGACGACUGGAUGUUUGCACUUCAAGUUACCAAUUUCCCAAUGGAGUCCGAGUUGAGGAAGAACAUUCCUUACCCUUGCCCAGAUGUUGUGGAAAAACCAAGUGGAGAGACUGCCGAAGGGGCUGGAAUUGAAAACCUUCCUACAGUAGGGUGAUGAACUGAACUGAUGUUUUUGUUUUUGUUUUUUCUUUUGUUUGUUGCCCUUUCUUUUAUUAUUUAUUAUUUAUUAUUUAUAUUUUUACAAAAACAAUUGAUGUAUGUUUUUCU